AAAAAAAACUUAAAGCAUUUAGAAUCACCUGUGCUUUUUAUCAAAAACACGCAGCUCCAAAUCAUUUACAAUCAUUUUAGAACUUUUAGCAUUUUAGUGUAAUUUAGUAAAAGUAAAAAUAAAACUUUAGAGCUUUUAUUUGAUUAACUAUAAAUUAAAAAUACAUAUUUAAAGAAGAUUUCUAAAGAAUUUCUGAGAGUGAAUUAAUUUUAAUUUUUUUUUUUGCUUGGAUGUUUGAUAUGUUAAAAAUCUAAGCAGGAAUGUUGAAACUUAACUAGCUAAUCUCUUAUUUAAUCUUUAGCAUUUUUCUUUAAAGCUAAAGAGCCACAAUAAAGGGAGAAAAGGGCCUCAUGUGGCUCUGGAGCCACAGGUUGCAGACCCCCUAAAACUAGGACUAUGUCCAAAGUCUAUUUAGUCUUUAGUUGUUGCUGCUGGAGGACCCAGAUUGAAACAGAAAAGGCGUUUCUGCAGGUUAAAGAGGCGUCUCGCUGACCUCCCUAAAUCUAGCUGCACUUUAGUGUCUAUUUUCCAAGAGUAACUCUGUUGAUAAAUAAAUCAUUUCUAACGUUGCAGAAAAAGUUUUUUGGUUUUUUGGCUAAAGGAGUCCGGUCCGUGCUGCAGAAAGCAAUGCCACUGAGAAGGAGAUAAAGAGUAAUUAGGAGGGGCCUAAUGGAUGCUCAUUAGUGCCGCACGUGGACCGUGCAAAUUGCGCCAGAACGCCCAACGCUGUGAGUUUAACAGACCCCUCAGGACCAACGGUGGAGUUCUUAAAACACUUGUUUGGAGCACUAAAUUUGUCCUUUCAUUCAGUUUGUGAUUUAAAAGCAUUUUGAGAAUGCAGAACUUAUCAUGAAAUAACCUCACCACAUAUUAAAAAUAGCUUAAGGCGCAAGUUUCUUCUGAAACGGUGUUGACAAGAAGUUGUUCUUCAGAGCAGAGGCUGCUGACAUGUCACCCACAAAGCUUCGGUUAUUCAUCCUGGAUUAUGUGGAAGGAGGAGGAGAGGAGCAGGAGGAGGCGAGUCAGAGAUCUUCAGCAGUAGAUAAAAAGGUUUGUGUAAACAGCACUGGCAAUACAUGAAAGGAGAUGCAGCUGGAUAAGAAAAUGAAGGGAAAGGGUGCAACUCAAAUAAAUCUCUGCUGGACCUCUGACUGACUGACUGUCCAGAAGGACGGAGGGAAGUGGAAGUUAAAGGAGACCAGGAGAGGCUUCAGCAGGAGUAUCUGAGGACUCCUUCUCCAUCCCUCAUGUUUUCUGUUGCCCAAAAAUGACAACAGUAGACGCUGGGACUGGACGCUGCUUCGGAGCCACGCAGCAAUUACAGGCUGAGGUGCGGAGAGGAGAGCCAGAGGAGGCUGUCGGAGUGUGAUUUGGGUUUGUGAGCUAUGCGCCUCUGUGGUGCACAGGAGCUCCCGCGUAUGUUCAGAUGGAUUCCCAUUGUCCCUGAGGUGGGAGCCGAAUGCAGCGAUAGGAAACACGGGGAGCAACGGGAUCCUUUUUGAAAGAGGUCGGAUCCUUCGUCAGGAUGGGGAACCAUCUCUCAGGUGGUUUGUACCACUGAUUCAUUCUUUUUCAGACUGAUGACUUUGAGGAUUCAAUGAAAGACUCGGAUCUAAGUAAGGACUUGACCUGGGGGUCAGAUCAAUCCUGGGAUUCGGUCAUCAAAUCGGCAACACGGCUUUGCCUCAAUACUUUAGAUUUUUCCGACUUGUUGGAUGAAGACGACAGUGGGGAAGAAGAUGCAACCAGUACAAGGAAUGCGCCAACAAGUCCACAAGGCCCCCAGGAACAUCCUCCACCUCCUCCUCCACCUCCUCCUCUUCCUCCACCUCCACCACCUCUCACUGCCCCUCCCCUGCCCUCAGCUCAGACUGAAGGUACGGUCACUAAAAGUCGCACCUUGAAGCUCCACUGGAAGGAACUUCCCAAUCUGGCUCCUCUUCCCAGAAUGACACGCUUUGGAAUGCAGACAAUCUGGGCGGAGCUUGAGCCGGUACACUUGGACACAAGUCUUCUGGGAAUCCUGUUCAAAUCCAAGACCUGCGGCACCGGUUCUAAGGUGGUUUCUGGACGGCAGCAGCCCUCUGUCUCAGUUCUGGGAAUGAAACGAAGCAACAUCAUAACCAUCGCCCUGAGCAGCCUUCCAUCCCCUCGGUUGCUCCCCCCUGCCAUUUACGCCAUGGACAGCAGCGUUCUGGAUAGGGAGGAUGUUCAGCGUCUUCGAGCUCUGAUCCCCACAGAGGAGGAACUCAGCCUGAUAAAGGAGGCCAAGGCCCAGAACCCCCACGCUCCGCUGGCCCAGGCUGAGCUCUGCUUACUGACUCUGGGGGAAAUCCCUCACUUGAGCACCAGGCUGGAGCUGUGGGCCUUCGCUCUGGACUACGACUCCUUAGAGAAGGAAAUCGCUGAGCCUCUCUUCCAUCUGAAGUUGGCCAUGGAGCAGCUGGCAGCCAGCCAGACCUUCAGAUAUAUUCUCGCCACGGUGCUCACCAUCGGAAACUUUCUCAAUGGUUGUAAGGCUCGUGGCUUUGAACUGAGUUACCUGAGCAAGCUGUCUCAGGUGAGGGACACGCACACCCGCCAACCCUUGCUGCACCACGUCUGUGUGCUCCUGCUGCAGCUCCGCCCCGACUCCUCUGACCUCCACUCAGACAUCGCUGCUGUGACCAAAGCCGCUAAGUAUGACUACGCUCAGGUUCAGUCCAGCUUCACUCAGCUAGAAGCUAUGUGCAAAGCAUCAUGGGAGCAGCUAAAGAUACUUGAGAGGGCUGAAGAUAAACGGAAAGGAGGAAAGAUGGACAGAAGUAAAGGUGGAAAUGAGGAGGUUUCCGUGAACUCCCUGCGACAUAGACUGCCCAAGAUUUUGAAAGACUGUGAAGAAAGGCUUAAGGUCCUGAGAGCCGUCCAUCGUCGGGUUAUCAACAGGUUCCACUCUUUCCUUCUAUUCCUGGGAUACUCUCACUCCAUGGUGAGGGACACCAAAGCCGAGGACUUCUGCAGAACCAUCAGCAACUUUUCUCUAGAGUACAGAAACGCACGGCAGACCAUCAUCCUGCAGAGAGAACGGGAGCAGCAGAGGGCAGUGGCUGGAAGCCCCGCCCCAGGCACACCUGUGGGCAGGAGGAAGUGUCAGCAGGUGCCAUUACAGGAUAGCGAUGAGCAGUGCAGGUUAGAGAAAGUGCUGAGAACCCCAGAGUCGGGCUCCAGAGUGGACAUCACUGUACCACAAAGCCGCAGGAGAAUAGGUGACCGCAAAGGAGUAAAUUCACGGAAAAUGACCUGGUGACCCUAUGACAUAUUUUUCUUUAACUGUUGUAGCUCUUUGUUUUGGAUCAGACCGAGGUUUCCAAGGUUGGAAAUAUGUUGCACUGUCAACAAGUAAGUUCAAGAACUGCAAGACCCAUUAAUUUCUGUUCAGUUGAUAUAGAAUUUUUACUAUGGGUUUGGACAUUUGCUUAUGCUUAGCUCUACAGGAGCUGAAGCUAAUUUCAAAUGUAUAUGAUGAUUAAAUCAUGCAGAAAAUAAAAGACUGUGAGUUUUUACAGAAAUUUGGGUUUACAGAUUCCUAAAGUGACUAUAUCACCUGUUGGUAGUCCCACUCCAACUAUCUUUUAAUCUAUUUGAAAAACAUUCCUGGUGGUCUUUUAAUUAUGAUUUUGGUGGUUUUAAUCAAAAUCAAAAGUCCUUUUCUAUAAUUUUUGCAGAGCACCAGCAUCCACAUUCCUCAGAAAUUUGCCUCUUAAUUGUGGCCGGAAUUGGCGCGGAGUAAGCUCACCACCCAUUUCCCAUCAUCCAUCUGUUUACACGCUCUCCUGGUAACUUACAGCCCCUUACAACCCUAACAUAACAUUGGCGGUGCAACAAAAAUGACAAGAGA